GAGAUGGACAGUUUUGCUCUGGUCAUAUUCUACCUCGGCAUCCUCGUGGUGCCAGGCUUCCUCUUUUCCUCUCUGCGCCGACUAUCUGGACGGUCUAGCAAGGCGUCCACACACGAUGCCCAAGGCCCCCAGAAGCCUGCCAGGUUUCCUGGUCCAAAACAAUAUCCCAUCGUCGGUCGCGUUCAUGACUUGCCCAGAUUUGCUAUGUGGUUGAAGCUGAAAGAAUGGGCUGAUGAGUUCGGUCCAAUCUACCAAACCAGCAUGCUUGGCCAGAAGUUUGUUAUCAUCUCUGACGAAGAGAUGGCUCAAGAGCUUCUCGUCAAGAAUGGUAACAACUUCGCCGGCAGACCACAGAUCCGGGCUCUGAUCGACCACAAACUGGGACCUGCCUAUUCUGCAUUGAUGGAUCGUCACGACACUUGGAAAUUCCAACGCAAAUGGGUCCAUGCCGCAAUGGCUGCAGCACACCAGCAGCACUUCUACGGCCACAUCGAAAAUGAAGUCAAGCGCUGGCUUGUCACUCUGCUGCUGGACCCUGAGAAGUUCCACGGUAACACCCGCGAGCUUACGGGGCGGAUCAUCAGCCGCCUUGCUUGGGACGACGCCUCCCUUGGCAAGGCGUACGGUGACAGCGCCAUCGCAACGCUGACGCAGAUGUCAGUGUCUGGCCCUGUUGUCAACACCAUGACUCCGCUGUGGCACCUUGGCGACCUCAUCCGGUACAACCCCUGGCGCAACCACGAGGUGGCGCGGGAGAAGAACCAGCGCGCAUGGUGGCUGCGAUCGUUCCGCCUUGCCAAGGCUAGAUACCGCAGAAGCGAGUUGCCAAGCGAUACCUGGACGUACCGAUACUUUGAGCAGUUGCAGAAGGCAGGCAAUGAGACCCUAAUGCAAAGUGAAAAGGACGAAGACUUUGCGGCCUGCAUGCUUGGCUUCCAAUGCCUUGUAGGGGUGGUGACAAUCUCUGGGCCCAUGCAAUUCUUCUUGAUGUGCAUGGCGCUUCAUCCCGAAUGGCUGAAGAGGUGCCAAGAUGAGAUCGACAGGGUUUGCGGUGAUCGGAUGCCGACCAGGGACGAUUUCGCAGAGCUUCCGACGGUGAGGGCUUGCUUGAAGGAGACACUCCGCUGGAGAUCUGGCGUUCCUCUUGGUAAGGCUGUCCUUCCCACUAUGACGUUUAGUUCACUGAACAUGACUGCUAACAAAUUCGAAGGUGUUCCGCAUCAAUGCGAACAAGAGUCAGACUUCAACGGUGUCAAAAUUGAGAAGGGCACCAUUAUUCUAGCAUGCGAGUGGAAUAUCAACCGUGUCCGCGAAAAGUACCCUGACCCUGACCACUACCGACCCGAUCGAUACCUAGAGCCUGGCUUCCCGACGUAUCAAGAACCCCUCAGCCGUUAUCCCAAUUUCAGGGAUGGCGUGGGCAUGCACACAUUUGGCUGGGGACGGAGAACUUGCCUCGGCCAGAACCUCGUGGACGAUGAGAUUUUCGUCGCGGGAGCUGCUGUCUGCUGGGCCUUCGACAUGGGUCUGAAGAAAUGCCCUGCGACCGGUAAAGACGUGACCUUUGACACGGAGGCUACGAACUCGAACGUCAUCUUAGAACCACUGCCAUUUCCAAUGCAGUUCAAGGUUAGAAGCUCUGAAAGAGCACAAAUUCUGUUGGAAGGCUACAAUGCCAUCAGAGAUGAGCUGAAGGUUUAG